CUGAGCUGAGCUCCGCACCGUCUGUCGCUCCUGGUCGCGUUCAUGGAUCUUCACGUCUGCUGAAUCCAACUCCAGCCAACUUUUAGAAGGAGACCAAGUACCGCAACAUGGCGUACACGACCGCGGGUGGGACGAAGAAGAAGGUCUGCUACUACUAUGACGGUGACGUAGGAAAUUACUACUAUGGACAGGGCCACCCCAUGAAACCACAUAGGAUCCGUAUGACUCACAACCUGCUUCUGAACUAUGGACUGUACAGGAAAAUGGAAAUCUACAGACCCCAUAAGGCCACAGCAGAGGAGAUGACUAAAUAUCACAGCGAUGACUACAUCAAGUUCCUCCGGUACAUACGGCCGGACAACAUGCCUGAGUUCAGCAAGCAGAUGCAGCGCUUCAAUGUUGGAGAGGACUGUCCUGUAUUCGAUGGAUUGUUUGAGUUCUGCCAACUCUCUGCUGGUGGCUCUGCUGCUGGUGCAGUGAAACUGAACCGACAGCAGACUGACAUUGCAGUGAACUGGGCAGGAGGACUUCACCACGCAAAGAAGUCUGAAGCCUCUGGAUUCUGCUACGUAAAUGACAUUGUGCUGGCCAUCUUGGAGCUGCUCAAGUACCACCAGAGGGUGCUCUACAUCGAUAUAGACAUCCACCACGGGGAUGGAGUGGAGGAGGCCUUCUUCACCACAGACAGGGUCAUGACUGUGUCUUUCCAUAAAUACGGGGAGUACUUCCCUGGAACCGGAGACCUCAGGGAUAUUGGAGCUGGAAAAGGCAAAUACUAUGCGGUCAACUUCCCUCUGCGUGAUGGUAUUGACGAUGAGUCAUACGAGCAAAUCUUCAAGCCUGUGAUGGCCAAGGUGAUGGAGAUGUACCAGCCCAGUGCUGUGGUUCUUCAGUGUGGUGCAGACUCUCUCUCAGGAGACCGCCUCGGCUGCUUUAACCUCACCAUCCGUGGGCACGCCAAGUGUGUGGAGUACAUGAAGACCUUCAACCUCCCAAUGCUCAUGCUGGGUGGGGGAGGAUACACCAUCCGUAACGUGGCCCGCUGCUGGACCUAUGAGACCGCUGUGGCUCUGGAUACAGAGAUCCCUGAUGAACUGCCCUACAAUGACUACUUUGAAUACUUUGGACCUGACUUCAAGCUGCACAUCAGCCCCUCCAACAUGACCAAUCAGAACACACGGGAGUACAUGGAAAAGAUCAAGCAGAGGCUGUACGAGAACCUGCGGAUGCUUCCUCACGCUCCUGGAGUUCAGAUGCAGGCCGUCGCAGAGGACGCUGUCCCAGAUGACGCCAUGGACGAGGACACUGAGGAUCCUGAUAAACGCUUGUCCAUUCGUGCCACAGAUAAGAGGAUAGCAUGCGAUGAAGAGUUCUCUGACUCUGAGGAUGAGGGCGAGGGUGGACGGAGGAACGUGUCCAAUCAGAAGAAGGGAGCGAAAAGACCCAGAGCUGAUGAUGACGACAAGGAAGCAGAGGAGAAGAAAACUGUUGUAGAGAUUAAAGAGGAAGAGAAAACCAAGGAGAGCAGUCCUGAGAAGACUGAAACAAAAAGUGUGAAGACCGAGCAGCCCAGCAGUGACUGACAGGUUCUGAGGCGAACCCUGCGGUGCUGUCCACCAUCAAGGAUCCAACUCUGCCACAAAUCACCGUCAGAAGCAUUAUAUUUAUUUUGACUCCAUUUUCUACUCGUAAAUCUCUGAUCAAGCGUCAGCCUCUCUCUUUGUGUAGUCUACCAGCGGAUCGCCUGGAUCCACUACUUGAAUUUGACGUCCUCUGAUACCCGUUUGAUUCCAAUGUGCUUGAUCUUCUGAAGGAAACUGGCUUGUUUUUAAAGAAACGGCAGGUCAUCUAAAGUGGAACCUGCAGUGACCAUUGAAUUUUGAUAUAUUGCAUUUGUCAAUAAAACUUUUUAUACUAA